AUGCGAUCCCAUCUUCUUCUAGCAGGGCUCUUCCUGCUGUUGGCCACAGCCAUAGCUAGUGUUCCGCAAAUUGAGAUCAAGGGAUCCAAGUUUUUCUAUGCGAACAAUGGAAACCAAUUUUACAUUCGUGGAGUUGCCUAUCAGGAGGACUACAAUGCUGGAGGAGCGGGAGGUACCGGCCAGUCGACUGAUACUCGGUACACCGAUCCUCUGGUAGAUGGUUCACACUGCGAUCGUGAUAUCCCGUACCUCCAGCAAUUGCGGACGAACGUCAUUCGCAUCUACGCUGUCGACCCGACCAAAAAUCAUGAUGAUUGUAUGCAGAAAUUGGCCGAUGCAGGAAUCUAUGUGAUCGCCGAUCUCUCAUCCCCUCAGUUGUCGAUUGCCUCCAACUCGCCAUCCUGGACCGUCGAACUGUACGAUCGGUAUACUGCCGUGGUUGACGCCUUGCACCAGUAUGAUAAUAUUAUUGGUUUCUUUGCCGGAAAUGAAGUUGUGGACAAAGUCAAUCAGACAAUGGGUACAGCAUUCGUCAAAGCAGCUGUGCGCGAUAUGAAAGCCUACGUCAAGACAAAGGGAUACAGGAAGUCCUUGGCCUUUGGCUACGCAACCACCGACCAACCAGAUUUUCGUAACAAGCUUUCCGACUAUCUCAGUUGUGGAGAUCAGUCUACUGCUAUCGACUUCUUUGGUUACAACAUGUAUGAGUGGUGUGGAGACAACACAUUCCAGGGCUCGGGCUACAAAAAUCUCACAGAGCAGUACAAGGAUUACCCUGUUCCAAUCUUCUUCUCCGAAUAUGGAUGCAAUACAAUCAGGCCUCGCAAGUUUGGCGACGUCGCUGCAAUCUUCGGGCCUGACAUGGAGAAUCUUUGGAGUGGUGGCAUUGUCUACAUGUACUUUCAAAGUACCAACAACUACGGGCUUGUCUCUGUCGACGGGAAAUCAGUCAGCACUCAGCCAGAUUUCAGCUAUUACUCGAAGGCAAUUCAAACUGCCACUCCUACUGGUGUCAAUAGUGGCAGCUAUACCCCCACUAAUACUCCGCACCCAUGUCCCACCGUCGAUGAAGCGUGGUUGUCAAAGUCUAGUCCCCUACCACCUUCCCCAAACAAAGAACUGUGUUCCUGCAUGGUGGACAGUCUGUCAUGUGUAGCCAGUCAAUCUCUGCAUGCAGACCAAUACGGUGACUUGUUUGAUAUAGUCUGUGGAAGCGACAAGAGCGCCUGUGAUGGAAUUUCCCAGAACACAACCACGGGACAGUACGGUGCCUACGGCGUCUGCACCAGCAAGGACAAACUGUCCUACGUCUUUGACCGCUACUAUCAGGGUCAGAAGAAGGACCAGUCAGCGUGCGAUUUCAAGGGAGCGGCGUCGAUCAAGUCUGCCAAGGAUCCAUCCGGAAGUUGCAAAUCACUUCUCAGCCAGGCUGGCACAGCUGGAACAGGCCAGGGAACAGGGGGAGAAACAUCCCCAUCUAAGGGAAGAGGUGCGUGUCGGGAGCUCCCAUUUGAUGCGUUCUCCAAUGAAUGGUAUGGAAGGUGGCUCAUGCUUGCGUUCGGGCUAGUUAGCUGGUACACUGUCCGCCUUUUCGAGCGUUGA